AUGGACAGUCAACCAAAAUUGGAGCUCCUCCACGCCGAAGCCGAUGAAAACGAUGAUAGCUUUGUCCGUCUUCUGGUCAACGGUCAAAGCAUCAAAUAUGUCACCAUCGAACCUGGCCUGUACCUGCUGGAAGAUUUGUGUUUCGGUUCAUCCCUAAUAUCUCUUCUUCCGGAACUCCCUGCUGGAGAUUGGAACGAUGGGCUGGUGGCCAAAAAUCCACGGAACGGCAAGCCACAUUUUACAAGUGCUGUCCGGACUCGCUUCCCAGGUAUCAAACAUCAGUGGCACGGAACAUAUGUGGAUUAUCUUGAUCUGAAGAUGGGAAAAAGGCUACGAACAGGAAUAUAUGAAGCAACAUGCUUCCAAUUUGAAAAUGCUGUUGUGGUCGCCAAGUUCGCUCGCUUCGAGUGGGAGAUCCCAUAUCUUGAGAACGAGUCAACCGCUGACCCUUUGAAGAUGUGCACCCAGUUCUUCCGCAUGUAUACGUGUGGUUGCAGAAAGACCGAGGAGUUCCAGCAAUGCCCAGAGCGAUUCGGGACGAAUGUUAAAUGCUCUCCUGUGAGAUGGACUGAAUCAGGGGCGUCUCUCCACAUGUGCAUUAAACACAUGGUCAAGCCGGGUAAAGACGAGAUGCGCAGAUAG